AUCCUAGCAAAUCUGAACAAACAAUUUUGGUCCUUUUGUUUACGACAUAAGACCAAACAAAAGACCCUUUCUUUCUUUCAUAAUUUGGUCCUUUUGUUUUCUUCUUCUUCUUCUUCUUCUUCUUCAAUUACCUCUCUUCUCUUCUUUCUCUUCUCCAUUGCCUCUUACAUCUUCCUUUACAGGUUAUAUAUAAUUAUAGUCUGAAAAGGGAAUAAGAGGGUGUUUGUGGCAAUGGAGGAACCUAGCCAACUGAAACGUGCCAUCAUUGAUUCUUCUGCUGGAGCAAUUUCUGGUGGAAUUUCUCGUACUGUAACAUCACCUCUUGAUGUUAUUAAGAUUAGAUUUCAGGUUCAACUUGAACCAACAACUUCAUGGGCUUUACUACGCAAAGAUUUAGUUGUAACUGCCCCGUCAAAAUAUACUGGUAUGUUUCAGGCCAGCAGAGAUAUUCUUAGAGAAGAAGGCUUAAAGGGAUUUUGGCGGGGGAAUGUACCGGCGUUGCUCAUGGUUAUGCCAUAUACAGCCAUUCAAUUUACAGUUUUACACAAGUUAAAGACUAUUGCAUCCGGAUCUUCCAAGACAGAGAAUCACACUAAUUUGAGCCCAUAUCUAUCCUAUGUCAGCGGCGCGGCAGCUGGGUGUGCAGCUACUGUUGGUUCAUAUCCUUUUGAUCUUCUCCGAACCAUAUUAGCUUCUCAAGGCGAGCCAAAGGUAUAUCCAAACAUGAGAGCGGCAUUCAUGGAUAUCAUUCACACUCGUGGAUUUCAAGGCAUGUAUGCUGGAUUGUCUCCAACUCUAGUUGAGAUUAUACCUUAUGCAGGACUACAAUUUGGAACCUAUGAUACAUUUAAGCGUUGGACCUCGACUUGGAACCAUAAUAGAUAUUCCCACAUCACUGGAGACGAUAGUCUAUCUAGCUUUCAGCUUUUCAUUUGUGGGUUGGCGGCUGGAACAUGUGCAAAACUUGUCUGUCAUCCUCUUGAUGUUGUCAAGAAAAGAUUUCAGAUUGAAGGUCUUCAAAGGCAUCCCAGAUACGGAGCUCGAGUUGAGCAUCGAGCAUAUAGUAAUAUGUAUGAUGCCGUGCAACGGAUAUUUAGGUCGGAAGGUUGGGCUGGACUAUACAAGGGGAUAAUUCCAUCAACUGUUAAAGCUGCACCUGCUGGUGCUGUGACAUUUGUUGCAUAUGAAAUGGUAUCAGAUUGGCUAGAGUCCUUGACUUAAUUUUCUCCCCCACAUUUUAAUGAUUUUUUUACAUAUUCUUUUUUAAAAUAGAAAUUGAUCCCUUCAUAGGAUAGGAAGAAAGCAUGAGGAAUAUGCUAAUUUUAUUUUUGAUUAAUGGUAAUUCAUAAGGCUGUACUUCCUUAAGAUGGAAGAAGGUCAAAAGGAAAGCUGAGAUUUAACAUUAACAUGUUUUACCUUUUUCUUACUGGAUUUUGAAUGGUAACUUUGCUUGUUUUUGGGUUUUUUUAUUUUCAUUUUUUAUUUUUACAUUUAGUGUGAUAUUGAAUUUCCAAAAAUGUAUAUUGUAAAGCCCAUGUAUUUCUACUUUGUGGAACAAUCUGUGUGUUGAUUCUAACACAUGGUAGAUUUUUAAUUGAGCUUUAGGGUCUCUGAAGUUCA